AUGAAGUCAAUGUUCGAUUUAAAAAGACAAUUCCAUUACAGUGGCCACCAAAAAUUGUGUAAGUUAUUUCAUGAAGCUGAUAGUUAUUUUAAUGGUAAAGAUGUCGAUACGACGAAAAUUAACGAACACAAAACCAUCAAAAGUUAUUGUCGUAAUGAUAGUUGUACAACAAAUGAAGCUGGCAUUAAUGCUUUGGCCGCAUAUAUAAUUAAUAAAUUCAAAGAAUCAAUAAAACAACUUGAGCAUAAUGAUUAUGAUGAAUAUUUGUUGAUGUGGCUAAGUGAUAAAUUAUUUAAGAUGUACCACGAAAGCCAAGGCACAAAUAAAAGAAUAGCCUUUGUCUAUCGUAUUACUUUAAAUCAGGCUUAUGAAGAGUAUUUAGAGAAAUAUAAACAAAGAUGGGAUUUUUGGGGUCUUUUAAAUAUACAGCAGGGUUUGAAAGAAGCGAAUCUUAAGUAUAUGAGCGAAUUUUAUAAAUUACUUAAUAAUAUAUGUAAUACAAUUGUAGAUUAUAAAGAUAACGGUGCCGAAAGUAAGAAUCUUUCUAAAAAUUCUAUCGGUUGCCGUCGUCAAUAUAGAAUCCUUUAUAAUAACAUUUCUGAAUGCCAAUCAUAUCUUGAUUUAUUGAAUAAAUUAAAAGGAAUAUAUGAUGAUUUUAGAAGUCGUGCUAUUAAGAAUACUGAUUCAAAAAAUAAAUUAGCAACUAAUCUUAAAAAACUUACACCAGAAGAUGGAGACGAGUUGGAAGCGGUGCGUGGUUUUAAAUCAUAUGACUUCAAUCGUCCAAAAUGUAAAUUCCCCAAAAAAAAAAAAAAAAUAGACUCAUCAAAAAAAGCGAAAUCACCAGGACCCCAAGCAUCAAGUCAAGCAUCGGGCUCUGAAAAUAAAGGGAAUAUGGAGAGCACUAAACAAAGCGGGCAAAAAAAUGGAAGCGAUAUAUCAAAAGGUACAGAUGAUGGAACAGGAGAUCCAGGUAGUGCAUCAGGUGGGGGGCAAGAUAGUAAAGUAGGAGAUUCAGGCAGUGGAACAGAGGGUACAAGUGGUGAUGAAAGAAAUCCAAAUAGUGAAAACGAAAAAAAGAAUGGCGGAGCCAAAGAACCCGGCGAUCCAAGUGGUGGGAAAGGUAGUCAAGUAAAUGGAGAUGAUAGAGGAAAUAGUGAACCAGGUGGCGCAGAUACUGAAAAAAGUGGAGCAGAAAGUGGAUCCGCUGAUAAAGUUAGUGAAACAGGAGAUCCCAGUAAGGGAAAAGGUGAUUUAAAAGGUGGAACAGGUGAUGUAUCAGGUGGUGAACAAAUUGAUCAAGGAAGUUCAGAUGGUGGAACAAAAGAUACAAAGAGUGUACAAGGUGGUCAAAUAUCUAAUGAUAACCAAGGAGGUGCAAAUACCAGUCAACAAGGUACAAGUGGUGGAUCAGAUCAUGGUACAGGUAAUCAAGGAGCUUCAAUCCAUCAAGGAGGAGAUACAGGUGAUGAUAAAGGAAGCCAAGAAGGAUCAGACGGUGAUAAAGGAAGUACAGAUAAUAAUCCAUUAAAUGGAGGUGGUGAACAAGGUGGGCAAGAUGAUCAAAAAAGUCAAGAUGGAUCAAGAGAUUCAGAAUCUGGACCAGGUAGUGAACAAAAUCCCACACCUAAUGAUCCAUCACCCCCAAAAAAAGAUUCACCUCAAACUCCAAAAGCUCCACAAACUUCACAAAAUCCUAAGGAGCAAACUAACCCAGUUGAAUCGUCUCAGGAUCCAUCUGGAAAUAAAAAUUCUGAUAAAACCGAUCAACAAGAAGCUCAAAAGCCAGUAUCCAAUCCAGUGACUAAACAAGAAAAUCCAGGAACCGAAUUAAAAGGAAAUGGAAUAACAGGAAUAGAUGAUGGAUAUGUAUUAAAAAAAUACAAAAAAAUUGUAAUUUCAAUUAUAGUUAUUCUAAUACCCAUUACUUUAACAAUUCUGUACAAGUAUUUGUCAUUUGGGCGGAGAAAGGAAUUGAAGAAAAAAACAAACAUGAAAAAGGUUAUAAAUUCAAUUGGAGGAAAAAAACAAAUACAAAUAAUUAUAAAAUCAUCUAGUCGAAAAAAACAGACUAAAAAAUCUAUAAAUUCCGUUCAUAGGAAAAAACCUUCAUUAUUAAAUAUAUACAAGAUUAUGCAGGAUGAUCCUGUACCAUUUAUUAAUUUAUUUUUUUUAUUAAUUUUUUUUGUUUAUAAAAGAAAGCGCAAUUCCAUAGAAUUAUAA